UGUCAAAUAAUAUAUAUUUUUUCCAUAUCUUUUCUCUUUCCACGAAACCACCAUUGAUUACUUUGAAAAAGAAUCCAAAUCCCACACCCCCUAUAUAAACCCAAAAACCCUAAUUAAAGUUAUUUCACAUGUUCAUCAUCAAAUCUUAUCUUCUUCACUUCUAAUUCCUUUCCAAAAGGGUACUCAAAUCUCUUUUCUUUUCAAUUCCUUCCAUGGAUGCACUUCAUCAAGUGAAGAGAACCAAGAAGAACUCGAAGAGGAGCAAUUCCGAGAAAGGUUUGAAAGUCGUUUAUAUCUCGAGUCCCAUGAAGGUCCAGACGUGUGCCUCGCAAUUCCGAGCUUUGGUCCAAGAACUCACCGGCAAAGACUCCGACGUCGCUGACUGGUUCAUGGACAGCUCUAACUACAAUGACACCACACCCGAGAAUUCACCGACGAAUUCCGACACGACAAGGACUAUUGCCGAUGAUGGUGUUAUUGGUCAGCUGCCCUCCCUUGAUUCCAACAGUGAUCAAUCAGUGUUUGGUCCAUUUGAUGAUGGAAUUAUGUCGGAAGGGAGUUUCUUGGGUAUGUUUACAUCAAAUUUGUUCCGUGACCAAUCGCAGUUUGAUGCUAUUCGAAGCUUUGGCUCAGUUUGAUUAAUUUCAAGU